GGUCAAACGGAUGGAUUUAAUUGACUGUGCAGCUGAUUCUAUUGCAGAUGGGGAUAUAAUCAAUGUACAAAUUCAAAGGCAUCGACAGUAGCAACUCUCUCAAGAGUAGUUCUAUUGCUUCUUGUGUAAUACCAGCUUGAUUAUUGCAUGGGCAAAGAGAAACGCUGGAGCAGGUGAUGAAAUUCUGUACAUGCAAGUUUUAAGGGAGAGUGUAAUUUUAAUAGAUUUGGUGCAUGGCUGGGGAAAAAAUUCAACAUUUGGAAAACAUAUGAGGCUUUUGGAGGACUUUCAUGUUCACAUUCUUGCUUCUCGCGAGUCCUGUUCAUGGAGGGAACACCUACAAGCUGAGAACCUUACUUUUUUUCUAAAGAGGUUGACUGAGCCACUGCGCAAGCUGCCUGAGAAUGAAGCAGUUAAAAUGGUUGUUGAGUUUAUGAGUCUAUAUUCAAUCAAUCAGGAGGAUUUUGAUACUGUUCUUGAGUUGUCAAAAUUUCAGGCUCGUAAGAAUCCAUUGGAUGGCGUGCCCCCUGCUGUGAAAGCUGCUCUAACAAAGGCAUACAAAGAAGUAAGCAAGACACGUAUGGGGAUACAGUUCCUGCAGUGAAAAAAAGCCCCAAAGAAGCGAAUUGCAGCGAUUCUAGAACUCUUUGCACAACAAGGGUGCUGGUAAGAUUUGAUUUGUCUUUUCGAGGUCAGCGGUUAGUGAGUGAGUUGCGCUUGCUGGGCAAGUCCUGCUUCUCUAGUUGCCAAUUAUUCCUUGUUGCAAUUAUAGAAGACUCCACAAACGGUGAGAAGUUGCGACUGGACCUUCAAAGCUUGAAUAAGAAACUGCAAUUGGAAUGUGAAGUCCUUGCUAUUGGACUUUAUAUUUGCUAUUUUGUUUGGAAUGCAAGUGCAGUUGGAAUUGAAAGGCGUGGAAAAUUCAAGCGCCAAGAAAUUCGGUGGCAGAGGAAGAGGCGGUAGUUCCCAGGAUUCUAAGAAGAAAGGUGGGCGAGGUUCAGGAUCUGCCACAUGGAGGAGAAAAUGAAAUAAAACGCUUCUAGAACUUCUGGUAAGGUUAUCAUGUUCUUUACGCCCCAUGCAUGCAUUAUUUUGCUGAUAUAUGUGUUUGAACUGCUAGAGGAAUACAUAACCUUGUAUAUGCUACAUGUUACAUAGGCCAUUUUGACGUAUAACAGAAACAUGUUUUAUAUCAACCA